AUGGCCACUCCCGUCAAAACGACUACCAUUGGCGGUCCUCCAGUGACCGACAGCCCAGGUACAUGGCGGCACCCUCGACUCAACGAGAUCGCAAGGCGUCGUAAUGCGACGACCUUCUCCGAGAAGAAUGUGCACCAGAUCGCCUAUAACGUCCUUGCGCUACUAGCACUCUGGUCAUUGCAGCUCUUAGCCAAGCUUUACAUCGGCUCUGAAGUUGUUCCUAGCUCUUUUAGGUUAUACUUGAGCUGGGCAUGGUUCGUCCUUAACCUCAUACCAUUUUUCAACAUUGGUAUCGCGUGUCUGCCCUUGAUUCGACCGAAAGACGAUCUCUCCGAUAUCCCUCUGACACCUGCUCAGCGCAAGCUGCUGGGCCUGGACCCUUCCUCGGCCGCCCCAACCCCCGACGCGAAGUUCAGCACACCUCCUCGAUACUCUCGCACACCUUCCAUAGGUGGCUCGGUUGGCAGCCGAGGAAGCUAUGGCAGUUCGCCUCUUUCUGGGCGAGGAAGUCCUCUUGUCCAGGGAGCGGCUGGUUCACCGUUGGGCAGCCCUCUUUUCCAGAAGAGCAUCAACAGUUUCGGCAAUGGAAGAAGGUCUUCUUUUGGAUCAACGAGCCCAUUUGCAGCUAGCUCUUCCUCCAACCUCUUCUCAGAUCCUACCUCUCCCGGUUCCGCUGGAGGCAAGCGAACAAGUGUCGGGUUGAACAGCAAGUGGUUAUACGAGAAGGGACGACGACCGUCAGGCAAUGCCUGGAACUUGUGA